UGUUGGUACCGGCACCAGCAUCGGCGGCAACACCGACCCGGAGACGGGGACAGAGACCGAGAGCUGCAACCUAUCCACGGCCCCGCGGGUAAGGCAACAACACGGUGGGUGGGGAAGGCCGCCCACAGCCCGCCCUCACACCGCCUUCCUAGGCUCCUCCUCUCCCGGCCUGGGUCUACCCUUGUCGCGCUUUCUUCUUGUGCCCGGCCAGGCCCAGCGAUCGCCGCCCUCUUGCAGGAGCGUGGAGCAACAUGAGUUUAGCAGAAAUUUAUGAUAACGUGAAAAAAGGGAGGGAAUAUGCCCUUUUAGGAAACUAUGAUUCUUCAAUGGUUUACUACCAAGGGGUAAUCCAGCAGAUUCAGAAACACAGUCAGUCAAUCCGAGAUCCAGCAUUAAAAGUGAAAUGGCAGCAGGUGCGUCAAGACUUAGUCGAAGAAUAUGAGCAGGUCAAAAGUAUUGUUAACACUUUGGAAAGCUUUAGAGUAGAGAAACCUCCAACUGAUUUCUCUGUACCUCAGCAAGAUGAAUCUUCCAGAGAUCCCAGUGUUUGGCCACCACCUAUUCCUGUUGAACACCGAGCUCCUUUGAUGAAGCGGCAGAAUCGUGAGGUUAAACCUGCACGGAAAGAGUCACCUGUUGUCCAGGCAAGAGGUCUUGUGGGUCGAGGUCAGCAGGCUGGUAGAGCUGAAAAAUCUAGCAGCAAGCAUAGCGGUGAUUCCAAAACAAGAGGGAAAGAGGACAAGAGCAGAAGGAACCUGCAGGAAGCAUCAGGAGAUGGAGAUGGGAAAAAAUUUGAUGGAACUGGUUAUGAUAAGGACUUGGUUGAUGUUCUGGAGAGAGAUAUUAUUUCCAGGAAUCCCAAUGUCCAUUGGGAUGAUAUAGCUGAUUUAGAAGAUGCCAAGAGACUUUUAAGAGAAGCUGUUGUGCUACCAAUGUGGAUGCCUGACUUCUUCAAAGGAAUAAGGCGACCCUGGAAGGGUGUCUUAAUGGUUGGACCACCAGGCACUGGCAAAACCAUGCUAGCUAAGGCUGUGGCUACAGAGUGUGGAACAACUUUCUUUAAUGUGUCCUCUUCUACAUUAACUUCAAAGUACAGGGGAGAGUCCGAAAAAUUGGUUCGUUUGUUAUUUGAAAUGGCCCGAUUUUAUGCUCCCACAACUAUAUUUAUAGAUGAAAUUGAUUCAAUCUGUAGUCGUAGGGGUACAUCUGAUGAGCAUGAAGCCAGCCGUCGAGUCAAGUCAGAGCUACUCAUUCAGAUGGAUGGUGUAGGGGGUGCUUCAGAUAAUGAUGAUCCCUCCAAAAUGGUAAUGGUAUUGGCUGCCACAAAUUUCCCAUGGGAUAUAGAUGAAGCUUUGAGGAGAAGAUUGGAAAAAAGAGUAUACAUUUCAUUGCCCACAGCACGUGGGAGGGCAGAACUACUGAAAAUAAAUCUCCGUGGAGUAGAUGUUGCUCUCGGUGUUGAUGUUACAGUUAUUGCUGAGAAGAUGGAAGGUUAUUCUGGCGCAGACAUCACAAAUGUUUGCAGAGAUGCUUCCAUGAUGGCAAUGCGACGUCGCAUUCAAGGCCUGUCUCCAGAAGAAAUCAAAGCUUUGUCCAAAGAAGAGUUGCAAAUGCCUGUAACCAUGGAUGAUUUUGAAUUGUCUCUUAAGAAAAUCUCCAAAUCAGUUUCUGCGUCAGAUCUUGAAAAGUAUGCAACAUGGAUGGCUGAAUUUGGUUCAGUGUAACUAAUUUAUGUAGUAUACUUCAUAAAAUGGAAGGUUUUGAGUAAUGCGUACUGUGUAAAGUCAUAGGAUAUGAAGAUUAUUUUUGCACAUUUGGUUCUUAAAGACAAGACAUGAUCAAUUUGAGCCUUGAGAAUCAACUUUACAGCAAUCUUGACUCUUGCAAAGCACUUUAAUACGCUACUAAACUAAUCUGACACAUUUGGGAAAGAUGAAGUCAUUUCAAAUUAUUUGAUGUAUUAACCUGUUAGUAAGAAAAUAGGAUUCCCCCACCCGGUACGUAUUGUUGGUCAGAUUAUUAUUUAGUAUUUUAAAGAUAAAACAACGCUACAUUUAAUACAUCUCAUUCUCUCUCUUUCCUAUAUUUAUUGUCAGAAGCAUUCCUUUAUUAGAUAGUUGAAAUGUAUAAAGUUAAGUGAUAUGGUGCAUUAUAGUAAUGGAACUACUUGGUUUAGCUGCCAAAUUUGAAAUAAACCAUGUUGCUUAACUACUUAGAUUUUAUGGGCUAUGUAUUCAACAACCAUAGUUCACAAAAUUAUAGCAAUCUAUUUAUCCAUUAGGAGAAUUUUUAAGAAGUUUCACUUUUUAAGGAACUUUUUUUUUUAAAAGUAGCUUGAUAGGAACACUGCAAAAUUCAAUAUCUACUGAUUGGGAUGAAUAUUGUAUGUAAUAGUCAAGUUAUAAUCAGGCUCUUGAGCACAUGGACAUAAUUUGAAAUAUUGGGUUACAGACAGUAAUAUAUUUUCAGAAUUAUUAAUACUUCUCUGAAGAGUUUAAGUUCUGUGAAAAAUGACACAAGCUUCUAUCAUUCUUUAUUUUUCCCUACCUUCAGUAUGGUACGAGAUUAUCUGAUUUGUUCCAAUGAAAUUUUUAUUCUAUUUAAGAACCCAGGACAUGCAUGCUGAUAUUUAAAUGUUACAUGAUUUGAAUCCUUUUUAAAAUUCAUUCAAAAUGGCACAUUUCAAAUUACAGAGCCUCCUUGAGAUAUAAGCAUCAAUUUGCUCUAAAAUCCUAAUGUCACAUUGCAUAUCUUAGCAGCAGGAGAAGAAACUGCUUAGCAAUGUGACUUUGUAUAAAGAGGAAAAUUGGCAAAAAGCUGAGAAGAUGGUCUAUUCUACCCAAAUCUAUCCUAUGCUUUUGAAAGCUUUAUUUUAGUUUCGAUAUUUUGGUUAUUAGCUGUGCCAUUCAGCAUGCUAUUAUAUUUAUCUGCUUAUGUCCUACCUCCCACUACAAAGCCCUAUCUCCAUUUUCAGUUGCCUGUCUAGAUUAAAAAAUAAUCUUGGCUACUCUUUUACCAAAGGUAUAACUUAUUUUUCUUUGAAAAAGGAACAUAAAGGCACAUAACACUACUUCUGUGCAAGUUUUUAAUCUUCAGAACAAUUUAGUUGUCUUUUCUGUGUUAAUAAUUUUGCUUUCAUAUGCAUCAUUAUGAUAAGUUAAUCAUUUACCUCAACGCUACUAAUUUAUGAAUAGUCCCAGAACAGAUUCAGGUAUCACAUUACACUUUUAAUAUAAUAAGUGCGAAUUAAAUUUAUUUCUAACAUAUAAAGCAGGAAACAAACUACUAUUUUUAAAUGAAAUUUUCUUGUCAUGCAGCUGCAAUACUAGUGCAGAAGUAAACAGUCCUAUUAACCCUUACUGAGUUAGUCUGUCUACAUGGUAGCAAUAUGGAAAGCUAAUUGUGACUAAUCCAUCUCUGGAUGUACAGUAGAAUGCAUUGAAACAUCAGUAUUUAUAGAAGCAUUUCAUUUUUUCUAUUAUUUUACUGUGUUUGUUAAAGAAGGAUAAAUAGACCAGAAUAUCUUGUAUCAGUUAAAACUUGAUAUGUUCUGUAAGUUAGUUGAUUCUUUCAGCAUUCAGACUGAAAAGGAAGUGUCAGUUUUGGCUCUCUUGAAUAGUGCUGAAUGCAUCGCUAAUUCAGUGUUACUGUUUAGUUAUGAGUAUUCUUUUAGUACUUGCACUUUUUGUAAUAAAAGACUUUAUAGAAAAAGGGAUCCUGUUGUUUUGUCAUUUUAUAUUGUCAUUGUAAAUGUGUUAUGUACUAUUUUGGUAAGAGCAAUUGUAUUACUUUUGCAUAUUAUUUAUGUUUUAUCCUGCUGUUAUGGAACAAUUCUAAAUAA